AGAAAGCAGAAACAGUGUCUACAGGACGCAACCGGACCACAAAUCCUUGCUCUUGAAACUGUGUAAUGACGCAUCAGCAGGACACAGACCGCCAAUAGGUCAUUUAGGCAAAGUUUAAAGUACAUCAUAAGGGGGGGAAAAAUAAAAAAUGAACUCGUCCGACUCUAUUUGGCUCUUGGAUGAGUCGUGGAACCUCAGCAGAGCGGAGGAAGAGGACCAGAAACUUUUAUUCGGGAUCGGCACGGAUAAUUUCAUCACCCUGCUGGUUUUCGGGCUCAUCUUUACGCUCGGUGUGCUGGGCAACUCCAUGGUGAUCACCGUGCUGGCCCGGAGCAAACCGGGGAAACCACGGAGCACCACCAACAUAUUCAUCCUCAACCUGAGCAUUGCAGACCUUUCCUACCUGCUCUUCUGCAUCCCUUUCCAAUCCACCAUCUACAUGAUGCCGACGUGGGUCCUGGGCGCCUUCAUCUGCAAAUUCAUCCACUAUUUCUUCACUGUGUCCAUGCUGGUGAGCAUCUUCACUCUGUCUGCCAUGUCCGUGGACCGAUAUAUAGCCAUCGUCCACUCCAGAAAGUCCUCCUCUAUCCGGGUGGCAAAGCAUGCUUUCAUAGGAGUGGUGGUGAUUUGGAUACUCUCUCUGGCCAUGGCUGCGCCUAUCAUGUAUUACCAGAACAUUUUUCACAGAGGAGAGAAUCACACCUUUUGCUGGGAAGUGUGGCCAGAUCAAAACCAGAAGAAAGUCUAUGUGGUUUGCACGUUUGUUUUUGGCUACGUGCUGCCUCUGCUGCUGAUCACCUUCUGCUAUGCAAAGGUUUUAAAUCAUUUGCACAAAAAACUAAGAAACAUGUCCAAAAAGUCAGAGGCAUCAAAGAAAAAGACUGCUCAGACGGUCCUGGUGGUGGUGGUGGUGUUCUGCCUCUCUUGGCUCCCUCAUCACGUGGUACACCUCUGGGUAGAAUUCGGGACCUUCCCGCUGAACCAGGCCUCCUUCGUGUUCAGGGUUGCCGCCCACUGCCUGGCCUACAGCAACUCAUCUGUCAACCCAGUCAUCUAUGCCUUCCUGUCAGAGAACUUCAGGAAGGCUUACAAGCAGGUGUUCAAAUGCCAGAUCGGAACCAGCGACUCCCCGCUCAACGACAUCAAGGAGAUUCGCAGCAAAGUGGACACUCCGCCCUCAACUAACUGCACCAACGUCUGACUGACUGACUGUGGAUGGUGACAUAAAAAAUUAAUUACUGUCACGCUGAAACUCAAUAUAAAGUCACAGUGACAAAACCAUCAGACAUGAGUGGGUGUGUGGAUUUUCUGAUGUAGGUAAGUAUGGUUGCUUGGAUACAGCUGUACUGUUCCACAUAAGCGCUGUUCAUUAUACCUGGACCAGAGGAGAUAAAGCCAGUGUGGCUGCAAGACAAGCUCCCUCUUUGACCAGUCUCAGUUCCCUGCAUCUCUUCUUUAUCGGGAGUCUUCUUAAAAUCUGGAGUCUGAAACUCAGGAAAAUAAUCCUCUCUCUAAAGUGAAAACUCAUUCUGGUUGUAGACAUUUGUUUCAUAUGUCAUAUCAAAGUAUAAUUACAAGCCAAUGCAUUACAAAGGUGAGGAAAUUGUACUUUCAGACUUCAAAAAUAUAAAAAAUCUCAAUUGGUAGACCUUUUUUUCAGGAAUGCCCAGAGUUGCAUUAUACUGAGUCACAACAUCAUCACCCGCUGAAGUAAAAGUGUUGUUUGAAUGUGUCUUACUGUCUGAAGAACUAGUCUGGGACAGCUUAGCUUGGUUAGCUUGAUGAAGGGGCUGAAGGUGUGGGGAGGCAGCUGGUCUCCAUAAAAAAAAUUUGAAAUGCUGCUCCUUUACAUUCGUACAUUCAAACCAUUUACAUGUUGUAAAUUACACUUAAUUAUGUUAUCCACUUCAGAGUUGGAGGGUGUGUGAACAGGACUACAGUGGCGGGUUUCAUAAAGAUAGACUUUGGCUAUGGUUUAGAUAACUAUAGUCAGACCUCAGACAUAUGUCUAAAGUCAUAAAUUCCAUUAGCUGUCCAUCUUCUUGACUAUUUUAAAGAGGACUAAUUUGCCAUUAAUCAUGGGUCUCAGACUAACCUGGCUGACCAAGUCAUGUUUGUAUCACUGACUAAGCAGUGUCACUGUUUCCCACACAAAAAUAACAAAUGACUUGUGUGUCUUCAUUUCCAGAACUGUACAAUAUCAAACCUCACAUCGAGACCAGAAAUAAAAAAAUAAAAAACUUAUCAAAAUUUGCGUUUUAGCUAAGGUAGUGCUGUUGAGUACAGCCCCAAUGAGCGUUUCAGAGUGGUAAAUACUACAUGUAUAAUGUGAAUAUGCAGCACAAGACCUUUGUUUUUCCGCUGUAAUGUGAAUAUACCUUUAGUGGUGAGCUAGGUGGCUUCCUUUGGGUUGUUUUUUGUGAAAUGGUCUAACUCCUAUUAGAAUAAUACAGGAGAACACACUACAGACAAUAUCUUUGUGCAACUGGCCCUUGGAGUGCAGCGUGCAGUCACUGGGAAUAAGCUAGCUGUUGAUAGUCCACAAAUAGCCUGCUGUACCUCCAAACUGUAGGCUGGUUCCUUGUUAAACAAAAACUCCUUUUCCUAUUUCUGCAUGUGCUAAAUAUAGAAGAUGCAAUGUGUGAGUGUGGUGUUUUGUGGGUUGUGGAGGAAAGUCGGAGCAGGGCAAAGCAACAAAAUGAAUGUAUAUUGUAAAUAUAACAUUACAAAUUCCCUUUCCCAAUACUGUUCACAUUAACAGUCACCAAUGUAGAUAAGAAAAAAAACUUCCAUUGUAAUUGCACUGAGUAUGAUUAAAGCCUUUUAAAUAGAUUUAGAUAGAUUGAAAUAUUAUGGAUACUGAGGCUGAUAUUCACAAAUGCCUGUAAAAGCUUCACUCUGUAUUUGGCUGCUAAGUUAACAGUUUUCACAUUGUGCCGUGCUAUAUAUGACUGAGCCAGGCUGGCAUAUAAAUCUCACUGCUUGUUUUGCACCUUUUCUGGUGGCCACCUUUCAGCUGAUAAGACUGAUUAACACUAACUUCAUUCAGAGAGGAGGAACUAAUCAGUAUAAUCAGCAGACUCUCAUCCUCCCUGUCAGUGAGGAUCUCAGAUGUGAGAGUCAAGGAUUCCCACAGAGCACAGAAGGUGCAGUUGAUGACUUCGCUGACUUAGCGCUGACGGAUGAUGAUCCUCAUUCAUGGCCACACAGGACUGAGGACUUUAAAAAAAAAAAAAUAGGACAUUUGCAUGGAAAUCUAAUCCAGCGGGGGAAUUGGCGAUUUGCUGGUGAGAUUAUAGUGGACGCAUAGAGCAUAUGUGAAUGAAUGGAAAUUCUUUGGCAAAUGAUACAGAUGCAGAACAUAAAUAGAGUGUUGUUUCCUUCAAAACUCAUAUAAAGAGCCUGUGAACAAAAUAAUAUUUUUUUCAGCUGAAAAUGCAUUGUUUAAUUUUGUAACAUUGUAGAUUACAGCCAACCCAUUACAGUAUACGGGUUUCAAUAUAAUACUACUGCACACCAAGACAAACUGUACUGUAGGCCUACACUGUAGUACAGGGGAGGAAGACAAGUAGUCAGAGAAUAGGGGGAUACUAUAUGUUUGAGAAGGACCUUUAGAUUUUUUUUUAAAUACAGAGAACCCAUUUAACAUUUUACAGUAAUAUUAUUAGGUAAUAAGGCAGGAAAAAUGGGGAAAA